GUGUGGUGUCUUAUCCCACCUGAGCGUGGCUCCGUGGGAUAAGCGUCCAGGAGGGAGGUAUAUAACCCCCCGGGGUCAGCCACCAGCCAGUCAUCUGCCAGACACGCUGGGAGGAGGCUGCGUCUUCCCGCUCCUGCCAACUCUCGUCAUACUGUGUUUGAGAAAAUGUACAUGUGGCAGUGUGCAGUAGUGUUGGUGAUGCUGGUGCAUGGCACCAGAGCCGAUACACCAGCUAACUGCACUUUUGAUGAUGUCCGAGGAGACUGGAUACUUUACGAGACUGAACGCUCUGGAGAUGCUAACAUUGACUGCAAUAAUAUGGGCCCCAUUGUGCACAAGAAAAACGUCAACCUCAUGUACCCGAAUGUUGCUGUGGACGAGUUUGGGAAUGAAGGCACCUGGACCAUGAUCUAUAACCAGGGCUUUGAGAUCAGAGUUUCUGGAAGGUCAUAUUUUGCUUUCUCCUUGUAUAAAAAGAGUGGAGAAAAAGUAACAUCUUUCUGUGACAAGACAAUGACUGGUUGGUCCAGGGAUGUCACGGUCAGAAACUGGGCCUGCUAUCGAGCACAGAAGAAGACUCCAGUUGCUCCCAAGAACUACACUCUCAGCCACAUACUUCAGGAAGAUGCUUUAUACAGUUACAAUUCAGCCUUUAUCCAGAACAUCAAUGCCAAGCAGAAUAGCUGGCAUGCUAAUGUGUAUCCAGAAUAUGAGCAGAUGACUAUGAUAGAUCACCUCAGGAGGGCUGGUGGCAGAGCGUCAUCUGUUGUAAGCAGAGUUGGUGCAAAAAAAUCCAAUUUCUUCGCCAAGCUACGUGAUGCUGGGAUGCCAGCUGCUUGGGAUUGGCGUGAUGUCUCCGGCAUCAACUAUGUAUCGCCUAUUAGAAACCAAAGGAAUUGUGGGUCAUGCUAUGCCUUUGCCUCCAUGGCUGGACUGGAAUCACGUAUUAGAAUCCUCACCAACAACACCCAGCAGCCAGUUUAUUCCCCCCAGGAUGUGGUAGGCUGCUCACUUCUUGCCCAAGGAUGUGAGGGAGGCUUUCCCUUCCUCAUUGCUGGCAGGUAUGCUCAGGAUGUUGGUGUGGUUUUGGAAGAAUGUUCCCCAUAUGAAGGAAAGGACGACGUAUGUCACACCAACAAAAGCUGUCUCCGCCAUUACACUGCCCAUUACCGCUACGUUGGAGGAUACUUUGGCGCAUGCAACGAAGAGGAGAUGAAGAUAGCACUGGUGAAAGGAGGUCCUCUUAUAGUUGGGUUUGAAGUAUAUGAUGAUUUUAUUCAUUAUAAGGGCGGCAUUUACCACUACACGGGACUCUACGACAGGUUUAACCCAUUGGAGCUGACAAACCAUGCAGUGUUGGUAGUGGGAUAUGGAGCAGAUGAAGUAACUGGAGAGAAGUUCUGGAUCGUGAAGAAUUCCUGGGGAGAAAAUUGGGGCGAGGGUGGAUACUUCAGGAUACUGCGAGGCGUUGAUGAAUGUGGCAUAGAGUCCAUGGCUGUUGAAGUAGUACCUAUUCCUUGAACACUGAUUUUAAGCAGAGCAAUAUCAUUACAAUACUAAGUGAAAGCUGAGAAUAAAGAUAGUGUGUUAAGGAUAUUCAGUAUACAACUAUUUUACAUCCCCUUUAAUUGUAAAGCUCUUGAACACUGAUUUAUCAAACCUUUCCAUUUCAAGUGAUUAUAUACACAUCUUGGGAAUGAAAAAAAAUUAAUAUUUAUAGGCUAAGUAAAAAUCUCAUGUAAUAACGAAAAGACAUUAUUUCGGUGCAGUUAGGACCAAUUUUUGUUGUAUUUCAAGAACUGUAAAUUUAAUCAAUAAUCAUCCAGAUGAAAGUUAGACAUUAUAAUCUAAUGUAAAUCAUUAAGGACCUGCAAAUAUUUCAUCAUGUUCAUCAUUUGUUAACUAUAUACAACCUUUGAAAUUUAUUUUACAAUUUUUUUUCUAAUGACCUUUGAAAUAUACAUAAGCUUAAAAUAUAAAUAAACUAUUUAACACUUUUGUAA